GAACAACCCUCUCUGACAGUUUGCGCUUACUUUUGGCUUUUCUAGCAAAGGCACCAAGCAUGUCUGAGACCGCUCCUGCAGCGCCUGCUGCCCCCGCACCUGUGGAGAAGACACCUGUGAAGAAGAAGGCGAAGAAGACCGGCGCCGCGGCCGGGAAGCGCAAGGCGUCCGGACCCCCGGUGUCCGAGCUCAUCACCAAGGCUGUGGCCGCCUCCAAGGAGCGCAGCGGCGUGUCCCUGGCCGCGCUCAAGAAGGCGCUGGCGGCUGCCGGCUACGAUGUGGAGAAGAACAACAGCCGCAUCAAGCUGGGGCUCAAGAGCCUGGUGAGCAAGGGCACCCUGGUGCAGACCAAGGGCACCGGCGCCUCCGGCUCCUUCAAGCUCAACAAGAAGGCGGCUUCCGGCGAGUCCAAGCCCAAAGCCAAGAAGACCGGGGCUGCCAAGGCUAAGAAGCCCGCGGGUGCAGCCAAGAAGCCCAAGAAGGCGACCGGUGCUGCCACACCCAAGAAAGCCGCCAAGAAGACCCCGAAGAAGGCGAAGAAGCCCGCGGCUGCUGCAGGCGCUAAGAAAGUUGCCAAGAGCCCGAAAAAGGUGAAGGCAGCUAAGCCCAAGAAGGCAGCCAAGAGCCCAGCCAAAGCCAAAGCCCCCAAGUCUAAGGCCACCAAGCCAAAGGCGGCCAAGCCGAAGGCCACCAAGGCAAAGAAGGCUGCCCCCCGCAAGAAGUAAAAGUGGCACGUCCUACUUUGAAAAUCUCAAACGGCUCUUUUCAGAGCCACCCACGGAUCUCAUUCAAAAGAGCUGCACUUUUUCUGAGUAAUACCUUGUCUCUUGUGGCAUGGGUCAGCUGACACCAGCUAUGCGGUUUGAAGCAAGGCAGUUUUUAAUAUUGUUUAUAUUUUUUAACUUUUGCUGACAAAGGCAGUUAAUUCUUCUGAGUCCAUACUUUGGGCUGCAUAUGGGUUCAAGUGCUCACUUCAUGUCAUAAGCAGAUGGGUUGCUUUAUCUCCAUUUAGUUUUUUGCAAAAGCAUGGAGAAGCAUUGGCUUUUUGGGCUGUUAAGUGUCCAUGGGCACUUUGCAAUCGCAGCGUUGGCGGGAAGUCUUGUUUCUGGCGCCUAGGCGUGGUAAUUAUUUUUAACAAACCAAUCCGACAAUGGGGGUUACAUGCUGUAGCUGAGUCUUUGAGCUUUCCUUUCCAAUCGGUCUACAGACCGUGGUUUUGAGAACUGUCCAAUCAGGCCAUCCUGUCAGUUAUGAGUGGCAAACGGUGCACCAAUCAGAUCGCCCCACUGCUUGUCCCAGACCUCUGGAAUUCUGUCCACAGAGCAUGAAAGGGUGAGAUGUUAAAUUUUUUGUUUUUUAUUUGCCGAGAAAUUGAAAGACCUUGUAUUUCUCCAUCUGCCUCCCCAUCGGAAUUUUCAGGGACUGGUCACAUGUCACUGCUUACAUUUGUGUAAGCUUUUUAAACAUCCUGAUGCUAAAUUUUAGUAAAAUGAAGCACCUUUGGCAGUUCAUACACCACAGGUUUCUUCCUUUUGCGUCGUUUUGAACUUACCUGUUCUUUAGUUAACAGAGCAACAGACAACGUGAGGAAGGAAAAAUCAUUUUGGUAGACUCUGGUUUGCAGCUGGAUUCAUCACAGUUAGAGGGAGAAAAAGCUGAAAUGAAUUUGUGGUUGUCUUUCCCAUUUUAUCAAUGUAGGUACAGAGGUACAGGCUUUCUUUUUCUUUUUUUUUUCUUUCCCCGGUGGGAGUCUGCUUUCUUUUCAUCCUGACGAUGUAAAAAUUCUACAGAUGCAUUUAAUGGAGCUCCUGGUAGUCAGAAAUUACUGAAUACUUAAAUAUUUUUUCAUUAUACAUACUCGUGUGGUCGGAGGACAACUUGCCGCAGUCUUCCUGCGUGUUUGUCCCAGGCCUUGCAGCUGUUACAUGUGGAGGCCUGAAAAUGUGAUUCCAUUUCCACUUUGACCAAAGGUCAGAGUUCCAAUUUACCUCCAGUUCCUUCAGGGUUAUUGUGCUUCUACGUCAAAGGAAGGUUUCACCUACAGGUAGAACAGAGAAUUCUGCCCUCUCAAGGCUAUUGUCAACAGGUGUGGCUAAUAUCCAGACCCCGUUCUCCAGGAAUAGAGAAGUAGAUCUGUUCCUACCUCAAGCAAAAGUCUAAGGGUCCAAGUAAGGGUCCAUUUCCUUUAUAGAGAUAACUUUGGAUUUUACCCAGGGAGUGGUUUGUCUACAGAAUGUUUUUGUCUAGGGUGUGAGUGUGACUUUUUUUGUUCUAGCAACAAAAUAUUUAACUAUGACUGUAGCCCACAAAUUUUAAUUGGUCUGUUCAUUUCCUUGUAUCACGUUAAAGUAGUAUUUAUUUAUUUUUUUGUCUUUCUUCUACCUUUUGAGGUCAGGGUAUUUUAAGCAGAUGGAAAUUAAAUGCAGGUGAAUUUUUAGUACUCAUGGGAAUUCCCUUCCAGUACUAUCCUGUUUCUCCAUUUUAUUAUUUUCAUUCACAUCUUCAUAUUCUUUACUAAUAUUUUCUAAAUCCCCAUGCCUCUAUCCUGGCAAGAAGUAUUUUUGUUGAGGCUGGAUCCUGACAAUCACAUGUGUAUUUUAUAAGCCGACAUUUCAGCCUAGCAUUUCCUUAAACGAAUAGUGGACCACUUAGAGAUGGUUCAGUAGGUAAAAAAUCUUGUGGACAAUAGUGAAGAUCUGAGUUCAAUCCUGGGACCCAUAUGAUGGAAUCAGACAUCUGCAAGAUGUUG